GUGACGUCAUCGCCACGCGCCGGAAGUCGGGGCUGAAGUCGGAAAUGGGAGCCCGCCGCGCGCUGCAUUUCGUGUUCAAAGUGGGGAACCGCGGCCGGAGCGUCCGCUUCUAUCGCGACCUGCUGGGCAUGAGGAUUCUAAGACAUGAAGAAUUUGAGGAAGGCUGCAAAGCUACUUGUAAUGGCCCUUAUGAUGGAAAGUGGAGCAAAACAAUGGUGGGUUAUGGGCCCGAAGAUGAUCACUUUGUUGCAGAGUUGACCUACAAUUAUGGAGUUGGAGAGUAUCGACUCGGCAGUGACUUUCUGGGCAUGACUCUUAUGUCCAGCCAGGCAGUUAGCAAUGCCAGGAAGAUGGGAUGGCCACUCAAAGAAGUUGCAAAGGGUAUAUUUGAAAUUGAAGCCCCAGGAGGAUACAAGUUCUACUUGGAAGACAAAGAACAACCAAAGCAAGAUCCUGUGCUAAAAGUAACUUUGGCAGUCUCGAACCUGCAGAAGUCUGUUAGCUACUGGUCUGAUCUGCUGGGAAUGAAAAUUUAUGAGACGAAUGAGGAAAAGCAAAGGGCUUUGCUAGGCUAUGCAGAUAACCAGUGUAAAUUGGAGCUGCAGGGCAUUGGCGGAGUAGUGGAUCAUGCCACAGCUUUUGGGCGGAUUGCCUUCUCUUGCCCAAAGGAAGAGUUGCCAAACAUUGAAGCACUGAUGAAGAAGGAGAAUCAGAAGAUUUUAACGCCCCUAGUUAGCUUGGACACCCCUGGAAAAGCAACAGUGCAAGUGAUUAUCCUGGCUGAUCCCGACAACCAUGAAAUCUGCUUUGUAGGAGAUGAGGCAUUUAGAGAGCUUUCCAAGAUGGAUCCUAAUGGCAACAAGCUGUUAGAUGAUGCGAUGGCAGCGGACAAAAGUGACGAGUGGUUUGCUAAGCACAAAAUGCAGAAGACUUCUGCUUAGCUGAAGAGAAUUGUCUCAUAAAUGAUGCCUUUAGCUGCUAAACACCUGUAAAAUGUGUCCAGUUUUGCAGUCAUGUUGUCCCCGUUCAGAGAGAGAGUGUGCAGUGCCCUUGCAAAAGUCUAUGGAAGAAAAGUGGGAAAGUUUUGUUGUGCUGUGAUGCACAGAUUGAGCACUUGAUUUCAUAACAUGGGGGCCAUGGACUUGUAAUAGGCCACCCUCUCAAGCUUUUCUCUUUCCUGUUGGAUUGAAAAAGACCAGAGUUUAGCCUAGAAAUUAGCUGCAUCUUUUCGGUAUUUUAGGUAGCAUACAUCUAUCGCAGUAUGUGUACUGAGCUAUCUUUCUGCAGGGAUUUAGGAGUGAAGAAUAACUCCAUUUCAAAUUCACCCUGCUGAAUAAGACCAGAAUUAAUUUACUACAUGCACUAAAACAGAAGAGAACAAAACUGGCAAGGGGGAGCAUCAGAAGACUAACUAAUUAGAUUAAACUAUGGUAUUUUAUUCUAAUUGGCAGUUCUCUUCCAAAUAAUUCAUGCUGCUAAACCUGACUGAAUAAAAAUUCAUGCUUCAGAGCUGGGUGG